CGGAGGUCGCGGACGGGAGACAUCGAAUUGCAGUUUUGGUGGAUUGUCAAUAAGUUACAAACAUUCACUUGGAAUGCUCGGUGAUUAAUCACUCCCGGGAUUGUUCUUGAUGAUAAUUACGUGAUACAGGACCACCAGGGAAUCAAUUAAAUCUCCAAAAUGCGGAUUUCGAAAUUGUUGAGAUCUAUAUUAUUUGUGAUAUUUGCGGUGAGCGAAUGCUCGAGCUACAGAAUCCUCGGGAUUUUCCCGUUCAAUGCCAAGAGCCACAUGAUGAUGUUCGAGGAGCUCAUGAAGGGCCUCGCCAGGAAAGGCCAUCGGGUCGACGUUAUCAGUCCUUUUCCACUGAAAAAACCGGUUAAAAACUACAACGAUAUCGAGAUCCCCUCGGCACUGCCCAAGUUGGUCAACAAUAUGACUUACGAGGGAAUGAAGGAGAUCAUGAAGAAUGAUAUCGUCAAGUUUAUUGCUCUGGAGGCGGGGAACAGAGUCUGUGCGGAGGGCCUGGAGCAUCCGGAACUCCAGAGACUUAUUAAAAAUCCACCGAAAAAUCCGCCUUAUGAUUUGGUGAUUGUGGAAAUCUUUAGUGCCCAUUGUUUUAUGGCCUUCGGUCCUCACUAUAACGUCCCUGUAAUCGGAAUAAGCUCAGCGGCUUUAUACCCCUGGUCCAACGACAUGAUAGCCAAUCCGGAGAAUCUAGCAUUCGUCCCGAACAAUCUCCUCGAGUACAAGAAGUCCAUGAACUUCUGGGAUCGACUGUACAAUUUCCUCCACACGUUCUAUUACAAAAGAUACUUUGAUUAUCACACAUCGGCGCAGGACGAUAUAAUACGAAAGCAUUUUGGAGCGAAUAGUCCUGGGAUACGAGAGGUGGAACGUGAUCUCGCUUUAAUCAUCGUGAAUUCUCAUUAUGCAUUGAACGGGGUGAAACCUACCACUCCGGGGUUGAUAGAGGUGGGGGGACUACACGUGCAGGACGAUGGUCCUGAUAUACCCGAGGAUGACAGAAAGUGGCUGGACGAGAGUCCAGAGGGCUUCGUGUACUUCACUUUCGGAUCUAUGAUGCAAAUUGAAUCAUUUCCGCCACAUGUGUUGGACAUUCUUUACAAAUCCCUGCGGAAAAUAUCCCCGGUGAGGGUGCUGAUGAAAAUACCGCGACCGGAGUUGCUGCCGCCCGGUUUACCCGGGAAUAUCCGGACUUUCUCGUGGAUGCCGCAACUCAAAGUGCUCAAACACCCUAAAAUCAGGGCAUUCAUAACUCACGGAGGGCUGAUGGGAACCCAAGAAGCAAUCACCUACGCCGUCCCCAUGAUCGGAAUGCCAAUUUUUGCCGAUCAGUUCGUGAAUAUCGACUUGUACGUGGCUAAGAAAAUCGCGCUGAGGGUGGACCCAGUUCACAUGACUCAGGAGAAACUCGACUGGGCGCUGAAUGAAAUUUUAUUCAAUCCAGUGUACAAGGAGACAAGCAAGAAGGUGUCGGCAAGAUUCACAGACCGCCCCCGCAGUGCCUUGGACACAGCGAUCUAUUGGGUGGAAUACGUCAUAAGAUACGGUAACAAGCCACUCAGAUCGCCCGCCCUAGACCUAGCCUGGUGGCAAAUUGCUCUUCUCGAUGUUUACGCUGCUGCGAUCCUACUCAUUGUCUCAGUUAUUUUCAUUAUCAUCGCUCUGGUCCGGUUUCUCGUGAGGGCUAUUAUCGCCACCCACGUAUCUUCCGCCAAGAAAAUUAAUUAAAGAAUAAUGAAAAAUCGAGAGAAGAUGGGACGCUAAUUGACGCCAUCGAGAGAGCACAACAUGAAUGAAGUGUAGAUGAAUAAAUGAAUAAAUUCCAAGUGACUUGUUCCAUUUCUGUCGUUGAAAA